AAGUGGUUCCAGUAGAGAGGCAGGUCCACUGAGGCGCUCACAGAGCCACUUGAAUGGACAAGAGACACAAACGGAACUUAAAGUGCCUUCUUACCAAACUUCUUCCAGAAAAAAAACAAGAGCUAGUCUUGCCAAAGGAUUAGCUCCUUCUCUAUGCUAACAUGGGCCUACCCUCAGUGAUGGUGUUGCCCCUACUAAUAGUCAUUGCAGCGGGGGUUUAUUACAUCUACAAUGAGGUGAUUCACUUCAUGUCCAAGUCCUUAGUGCGAAACAAAGUGGUGGUUAUUACUGAUGCUGUGUCUGGAGUGGGGACAGAAUGUGCCCAUCUCUUCCACAAAGGCGGUGCCAGACUGAUUCUGUGCGGAAUGAGCUGGGACAAACUGGAGUCUCUUUAUGACUCUCUGACAAGCGAUGCUGACCCGAGAGAGACCUUUGCUCCAAAACUGGUGAUCCUGGAUUUCAGCGACAUGGACAGCAUGGAGGAGGUGGUGGCCGAAGUGAUGGAGUGUUAUGGCUGUGUGGAUGUGCUGAUCUGUAACAGCAGCAUGAAGCUAAAAGCUCCUGCUCGGAGUGUCUCUCUUGAGCUGGACAGAAACAUCAUGGACAUUAACUACUUUGGGCCCUGCACUCUUGCCAAAGGUGUUCUUCCAGCAAUGAUAUCUCGAAGGUCAGGGCACAUCAUACUGGUGAACAGCAUCCAGGGUAGAGUGUCUAUCCCUUUCAGGAGCUCAUAUGCCGCCUCCAAACAUGCUGUACAGGCCUUCUUUGACUGUCUGAGAGCUGAAGUGGAGGAGUAUGGGCUUGUAGUCAGCACCAUCAGUCACACCUUUAUAAACAGCUCAGAGCCAGCACCAUUAACAGAGCCCUCUCCAAAACCAAACGCCCUGGCUGCAUUCAUCAAGAGCCAGCUGACCCAUGGUGUGUCCCCGUCAGUCCUGGCCAAUGAGAUUAUGCAAACCGUGAACAGGAAGACAAAGGAGGUUGUGCUUGCACACCCCAUCCCCAGAGUGGCCCUCUACCUCCGCUCCCUGUUCCCGCCCUUCCUCUUUGCUGUGCUGGCAGCAGGGGUGAAGGACUCCAUGCUGGCCCAGGACAUGCAGUGAGACAACACAUCUGGAAUAAAGUCCAGUCCUUUUGGAAAUGCAGUAGUGUUUUUUUCUUAGGUUAUCACUACUGUUGCGAAGUUUAGGAUGAUGAUAAACAUAUUCCAUCACCAAUUUGAGGCAGAUAAAAGAAACAUCUUCUGGUAGACAAAGACUGGUACAGCACACUAACAACAAAAUAUUCUCUGUGUUCAUGAUCUCUAUUUAGCCCAUGUCUCACACUUAUUAAAGUCACCAUUUAUUCAUGAUGUACCACAAGCUCUACCUACUGUCUGUCUCAUCACACAUAAGGAAUCCCUCAAGAGGUCGAAUGAACCUGCAUGUGACCAUGGGUCAUAUGGUAUAGGACACAUUUCUCACACCAAGGUGGGUAACAGUUAAUGGGACUUUAAUUAAAAACUUUUGACCAAACGCUUUUAGAACUUUCCUUUAGUAAAAUCAUGAGCAACCCUCUUGAUUAAAGAUUAAUUUAAAAAAUUGUUCCACCCUUUCAUGCAAAUAUUUGAUUUGCAGAAACAAACAAUAAUAACCCUCCAAUAGCACAUAAAUAUGACAACAUUUUAACAGAAAAGCUCAACUUAAAAAAGUGUAUCAGGUUUAGGAAUUUCAAGAGUUAGUCUAAAGAGUGUGUUUAUCUUUCAGCUGAAAUGAUUCAUUUUGCAUGAAGGCAUAUUUACUUUGAAUUUUGAGUGGGCUCCUUCCAAAGUGACACAUGCUUUCAUUUUUACAGGACUCUGACAUUCAAAUCGAAAGAGAACUGUAUUUUUCCAAAUGUCCUCAUGGUGGCAGCAACACUUAAAACUGUGGCUGCUUUGGCUCUUGGAGAGCUCUUGAGGUUAUAAUGACAACAGGUUAUUUGAAAAAUAAAUAAAGAAAUAAACAAA